AUGUCGUCUGCAGAGCCAUCCACUGACAAGAAGGACGCUCCUUCUGCCACCGCGACUGCUGCUGCUGUUGACUCUGGAGCUGCCACCUCCAAGGGCGAGACGGCCAAGGAAGCUCAGGCCGACGGACCGACGGGCUCCGACAAAGAUGCCGCAUCCCCAGAGAAGUCGACCGACGCCGCCAAGGCUGACUCGGACGCGGAGAAGGCCGAUGUAGAUAUGAAGGAUGCCGCUGAUGAUGGUGCUGCACCCGACGCUAAUUCGAAAACCGCUGUUGAGGACACCAAGGCCAAGGCGGCGCGUCGCAAGUCGACAGGGGCUGCCGAGAAGGGUGGCAAGAAGUUGAAUAAGAAGCAGUCCAAAGCUCGCAUCACCAACCUUAAUGCUGCUCCCGGCGAUCUUUACCUCGUCAAGCUCAAGGGCUUCCCCUUGGCCCGCCGUAGCGUGCGGUUACUAAUCGUGCUACAGUGGCUGGGUUCCCAACACUUCUCUUCAGGAGCUAUCCCCGAACAGGCCUCCGAAGCCAUCAACGACAAGAUGCGAAAGGACCUACAAGCCGCUUACGAGCUCGCUGCAGAGGGCCAUGACCUCGAUUACUACAAGGAUCUUCUCCAGCAGUUCCAAGAGGAGCUGGUCGCCAAGGAGGAGGCCAAGAAGACGAAGAAAUCCAAAGCGAUAGCUGCCGACAGCAUGGAUCUUGAUGUUGAAGAGGACGCAACCCCUGCGAAGAAAUCAAAGAAGCGCAAGGCUGAAGAUGAGACCGCCACGCCUCAACGAUCCGACUCGGUGAAGAAGCCGAAGAUUAAGCUUCUCAGCUCUGCCGCCAAGUCGUCGAAUGGCUCGGCCACUCCCAAGGCGGCCAAGGAACAGGCUACCACCAAGUCGAGCAAGGCCAAGGCUAAAGCUAGCAAGGCCACCCCCGAGGAGCCCAAGAAGCCCGAGCUCACUCCCGAGGAGCGCCAGGAAAGGAGGGUGGCGGAAGUGAAGGAGGAGGAUAUGGCGUCAAUGAGCGAAUUUUUCACCAGGCUGGAGAAAUUCACUGAUAUGGAUGCAAGCAUCCUUAAGGCGACUAGGAUUCAUAAGGUGCCCAAAGCCAUUCUGCGCAUGGAGUCCAUUCCCAAAGAGGAUGAGUUCAACUUCAAGACUCGGUCACAGAAACUUCUCGAUCAGUGGAACAAGCUCCUCGCCGCCGACCCUAGCCCCGCCGAUGCUGGUUCCAAUGGUGUCAAUGGAGCCGAGGGAAAGAAGGAGAGCAAGGCCGAGCCCACCGAAGCCGAAGAGGCCGGCGACAAGGCCGCGGAAGGUGACAAGACGGAAAGUGAAGCGGCGGACAAGGACGAGGCCACGGACAAGAAAAGCGAGGAGGCUUCGGGAGAUAAGGCCAAGGCUCCCGUUGCCGUAGAAGCAUCGGCGUAA